AUGUUCGUCUUACUGCGACAAAGCAAAGAAUCUUCUGCUUGCGAAGGUGCUUCGCUGCUGCUGUGCAGCGCUGUGCUGGUCCUUUUCAUCUUCAUGCUUAUUUGUUUCGGUCGAGUAAUGAGCAAGCUGACUGUGCAGCAAUACAGGAAUAAUCAAGGCCUACACAUGAUACCGGACUACGACACCCGCACCGGCAAUGGCAUUCUGAGCCUGGCCCGGGACAAAGUAGCGAAGGAACGCUAUGUGGAAAUCAUUCAUGAGUAUAUCGAAGCGUACAAGAAGGAGCAGAUGUCACGUGCAAAUUUCACAAAGGAGUGCGGACCGUCUGAAAGAUUCCCUCUGAAGUCUUCGAUCGCAAGGCUGCGCGUGCAUGAAUCCGACUGGCUCGACAGUGGCGUGCUUUUAUUCAGCUCAAGCUGCAGUCAAGCUGGACGCCGAUCUUCACUCGCAACGUCACGGUCUUGCCCGUUCAAAUGUGAUGCGUAUGACCAAGCGUCACUGCGCAAGAACCCGGAGGUGAAGAUCAUCUCGGCAUUUGGUAACGGUACGCAAGACGGAUUCCCAGUGAAUAAGAUACCGUCGAGAGCGAUAUCGGAUGGCGACGGCAGGGAUGUGUCUGACGAAAACGGCGAAACCCUCUACGACCAGCCGGCUCUCGUUUUCGUGAAAAUCCGCCUCGACAGGAGCAUCCACACGAGCGUACGGUGUUCCUUAGCUCAAGCAACGACCAACACGGCAGUGCUGAAUCUCGCCUCUCUACCUGGAAAUCGUGUUGUCAAUUUUGAUUUGUUCUAUCCCUAUGUGCAAUAA